GUCGACUGGAGCUUCAUCAUCGCGCUUCGUCAGUGUUGGUGGUCACUUAUAUCUCUGGGCAACACCAUGGGCACACUGCAGAACAUGCCCACGCUUACGCCCACGCCCAGCAUGGCCGAGAAGAGCGGGACACGCACUCCUCCGGAGUCGACGCCGGAGCGCAAGCCCGCGCCUCCGCCGACCCGCGCCCAACGCGCCCUGCUCACGCUGUUCAAGCUCUGCACGUUGCUCAUCUGCGCCGUGGCCAUCCGCUCGGCCUACAACCCCGAGCCGCUGCUCCGCCUGCCCGACUUCUUCGGCAAACACAAACACAAGCACAAGCAUCCGCACCGAUGGGACGCGGGCAAGCCCGUCUUCCGCACGCCGGACGCAACGCUCGGCUGGCACAAGUGUCCCGACAACCCCGCCAACCAGACCUUUUACUGCGCGUUCUUCGACGCCCCGCUCAACUGGAACGAGGUGGAGGAGAACCCCGACGAGAAGGACUGGCGCAAGUGGAAGGGCGGGGACAAGGUCGUCGACACGGCGCGCAUCUUCCUGCGCAUGUACCCCGCCACGAGCCCAGACCGGCUCGGCUCGAUGCUGUUCAACCCCGGCGGGCCUGGCGGAUCGGGCAACGCGUUCCUCUACCGCCUCGCCGAGGAGUUCAGCAACAUCACCGAGGGGCGGUACGACCUCAUUGGGUUCGACCCGCGCGGCGUCAACAUGACGAGCCCGCGCAUGAAGACGCACGACAACGCGUACGCGCAGGCCCUGUUCAAGGUCGCCAACCAGCCGCCCGUGCAGGAGGGCGACCCGACCAACCCCGUCAACACGAGCAUCCCGGAGCAGUUCGACCGCGAGUACGCCCGCCUGGCCAAGAUCCAGCAGCUGGGCGAGACGCAGUUCACGCUCGUGCGCAACUUUACCACUGAGAAGGAGCGCAAGUCGGUCUCGACGCCGUUCAUGGUGCGCGACCUCGCGGCGAUUGUCGACGCGCUCGGCGACAAGGACCGUCUGCUCAACUACUGGGGCUUUAGCUACGGCACGAUUCUCGGCGCGCACUUUGCGGCCAUCAAGCCUGAGCGCGUGGGCCGGCUGGUGCUCGACGGCGUGUCGCACUCGGGCGACUACACCGGCUCGCUUGAGGCCUGGGGCCAGUCGUCCAUGACGGACACGUUUAAGACGUAUGAGCAGUUCUUCCUCGAGUGUGUCAAGGCUGGCACGGCGCGAUGUGCGCUCGCCGAGCGCGUGCCCGCCAAGCUGGACGACGAGACGGACGAAGCAUACAUCCCACGCGCGGCCUUCUCGCUCAUGAUCCAGACGGGCGAGUUCUUGAAUGCGUUGUGGAAGAAGCCCCUCGUGGUCAAGGAGAGCAAGUACGGCCCCGGGAUCGUGACUGCCGAGCAGGUCUCGCUUGCGCUCGGACAAAUGCUCUACCAGCCGGUGCGGUGGCAGGGUGUAGCUAUCGCGUUGCACGAGGCCAUGAACGGCAACGCGACCCUCGCGCGCGACUACCUCCCGCAGCCGUGGCACGAGGCGCUCGUCGCCGACCCCGAAAAGGCGCGCCGCCUCGACACGGACAACGUGUUUGGUGAGCCCGUCGCAGAGACAGACUCGGCCAUCUUCUCCAUCCUGUGCAGCGACCAGCCAGCGAUCAACGAGGACGCGCUCGGCGACCUCGUCCACCUCAGCGGUGAUCUCCUUCUCAAGAGCCCCCUCGCACCCCUGUGGAUGCUCAUCAUGACGCCGUGCACAAAGUGGGCUGACCGCCCGUACGAGCGCUACCCCGGCCCGUGGACGCGCAAAGAGGGCCUGAGGAAGCCCAAGAACCCGAUCCUGUGGAUCGGGAACACGUAUGAUCCCGUCACGCCACUUGCGUCGGCGCAGCGCAUGGUCGAGGGCUUUGGGCCCGACUCGUCCCGCCUGCUCGUGCACGACGGCAGGGGCCACUGCACGUCUGCCGAGCCGUCGCUGUGCACGGGCAAGGCGCUGUCCGACUUCUUCGUGCGCGGUAUCCUCCCAGCCGAAGGCACCGUGUGUAAGGCGGAAGAGGGUUUCAUCUUCCCAGACAAGAAUGCCACGCUGGCCGUUGCCGGCGCCGACGCCCAGCUGUAUGACGUCUUGCGUCGCAUCGCAGAGCGCCAGGCCGAGCACUAGGCUCGUAAUCGUACUCCGCUGGAGCUGCAGCGACCGGGCGCCGUGCAUCCCGCCGAGGCAGUGAGAAGCAGCAGCAGUUUAUAGAAUGAUGCAGCGUCACCGACCG